GUUACAUAUGCUAUUAGUUAUAUAAAAGCCGGAACAAAUCAGCCUCGGUCAAAAACAUAGCAAUAUGAUGGAGUGGCGGAAAGAAAGAAACUUGGUUUUCUGCAUUGUGAUUAUUCUUCUAUUGAAGAUAGAACCUUCCAGAUCCAUAGAAUACUACGACCUGAGUUAUAGCUACUUUGACGAGAUAGCUCAAGCAUAUUGUGCCUCAAAAUUUCAAGGUUGGGUAUUUGCAAUUAGAAGACAUUGUUCAACUGCACCAACAUGUAAUGAAAUGUGUGACAAUGCAGCACCUGAGAUUCUAGAAUCUAUCAGUCAUCAAAGAAAGAAAGUUUCUUGUUUCGAUGCGUUUGGCAUUAAAAAAGAUCACCCACGAUUAAAAGCAAACCCUACAUAUGCACAACCCGAUUCUGGAAAAGUUGGGUUAAUUACGUACAGCUAUGGAAGUGGUGGUUGUUCAUGGAAGGCAAAUCAUUGCGGACCUAAUUACUGCUGUUGUAAAGCUUAUGUGUAUAAUAAUGAUGCAUAACUGAACAAAGUGUUUUUUGAAUGUUUAAUUAACGAUUUUUCAUUAUGAAAUA